AAAAUCAAAAUCAAAUUAUCAAACAAAAUAAAAAGGUUUUCGGUAAAGUGUUUACAACACAAUUGUUAUACUUAGUUUAUAUUAACUUGCUAAUAUUUUUUUAUUAGCAAGAUAUAAUAAGAAAACGUAUUUCAAAAACUAAAGCAUGUCAUCCGAAAAACGUGCCACUAGUCCAGAAAAAAGUAAAGAUGAAGAAGAAGAUUGUUGGAUUGGGCCUAUGCCAUCAGAGGCCACAAAACCAAAAACUAAAAAACGAAAAGUUCUAGAGUUUGAGGAAUUGUAUUUAGAAAACCUCCCCUCAUCAGAGACUUAUGAACGUAGCUAUAUGCACAGAGACGUGGUUACCCAUGUUGUGGUAACCAAAACAGAUUUUGUGGUUACUGCUAGCCAAGAUGGCCACUUGAAGUUUUGGAAGAAGCAGGAAGAAGGUGUAGAGUUUGUAAAACACUUUCGAUGUCAUCUAGCGCCCAUAAGCCACAUAUCAGCCAACAGUACUGGUACACUCCUCUGCACAGCCUCCUCAGAGAAGACUAUUAAAAUAUUUGAUGUUGUAAAUUUUGAUAUGAUAAACAUGAUUUCAAUAGAGUUUGAGCCAUACUGUACAGAGUGGGUGCAUUCAGCUGGGGAUCCUAUUUCGACAUUAGCUGUGUCACAAAGGAAUAGCAACAAAAUACAUAUAUUUGAUAGCACACAGACAACAAGUGCUCCCUUACAUACAUUCUCACAACACCAGAAAGAUGUCGCUACCAUCAAGUAUAACCCUGUCUUUGAAGUUGCCGUUUCUGUGGACAAGGCAGGUAUUGUGGAAUACUGGACGGGCCCAAAAUAUGAAUAUCAGUUCCCAAAGAAUGUUAAAUUUACUUCAAAAUUAGACACGGAUCUCUUUGAGUUUGUUAAAAAUAAGACAUGCCCCACUGCGCUUGCCUUUUCGCCCGAUGGGAAGAAGAUGGCUGCCAUAAGUUUGGAUAGAAAGGUCAGAGUAUUCCACUUCCUAAGUGGAAAACUACAUAAGGUGCUCGAUGAAAGUCUUCAGCGGUUCCAGGAGUUGCAGCAUCAGACACAGCAGCUGCCCAACAUGGAGUUUGGGAGACGAAUGGCCGCAGAACGGGACCUUGAGAAAUCAGAAUACGCCCAACUCGCAAAUAUAAUAUUUGACACUAGUGGUCAUUUUAUAGCGUACGCAACGAUGUUGGGAGUCAAGUUGGUCAACUUGUCGACCAACCGGUGUGUUGCUAUGUUGGGCAAACCCGAGAAUUUGAGGGCACUUCAUCUGGCUAUGUUUCAGGGUCGCACAAAUCAAGCUAAAGUAGCGUCAACCCUAGAAAUGGAAGGGUCAGAGAACCCAGCGCUACUGACAAUCAAAACAGAUCCAACAUUAUUCUGUACUGCAUAUAAGAAGAACAGGUUUUACAUGUUCUCCAGACGAGGACCUGAUGAUGUUAAGUCUCCUGAUGCAGACCGGGAUAUCUUUAAUGAGAAACCUUCGAAGGAGGAUAUUAUUUCAGCUACGGAAGGACAGGGUGUCCAACGUCUCUACGAGCAAGCGAUAAUACAUACGUCCCUAGGCGACGUACACAUUCGUCUUUUUGGUAAAGAAGCCCCGCGUACGGUGGAGAACUUUUGCGGGCACGCACGUAACGGAUACUUCAACGGGCACAUAUUCCAUAGAGUUAUUAAGGGAUUUAUGAUACAGACCGGCGAUCCUACUGGUACGGGCAGCGGUGGAGAAAGUAUAUGGGGUGGCGAAUUUGCGGAUGAAUUCAAGGCAACACUGAAACAUGACCGGCCAUACACCGUCAGUAUGGCCAAUGCAGGGCCUAAUACAAAUGGAAGCCAGUUCUUCGUAACUUUGGCGCCUACUCCAUGGUUAGAUAACAAACACACAAUAUUUGGCAGAGUGAUUCGCGGUAUGGAAGUGGUUCAGAACAUUGGCAGUGUCAAGACAAAUCCCAAAACGGAUAAGCCUUAUGAUGACGUAAGAGUAAUCUCUGUAACUGUAAAAUAAAAUAAUUUAUGUAAUUAAAAAUAUUUUUCUGUAAA